UUACAUUAUAUUUUUUUCCUUUUUUAUAAAAAAUCCAAUAAUUUCAAUAUGGAUAUCCAACAAAAUUGCAAUUCCCCGGCUAUACGACAACAAAAAAGAACAAAAACAUCAAAAUUUCAGGCAUCGUCCGAAUAAAUAAACGAAAGAUCAGUUUAAAUUUUGCAACCAAAUUGUCUCAUUGAGAUUUUUCUGAUGAUUGCGCUACGUCCCUGGAGGUGUUUUUGUCAGCGUGACGUCAGUUCGAGAUAAAUCUUCAUAGAGAACAUGGCGAUGCCCUGAACAUACUCGUUUUUCAUCGACCACUACAUUCUCCAUACACCGGUGUCUUAACCCUUUAAUUUAAGUUUCCCGAGAGUAAUUGCGAAUAAUCUAUUAUAAGUGCACAAUGUCAGUGACUAACCUAGCAACUGUCCAGGAGUUCGACGAAUUUAUCAAAUCACGAGAUUUGUUGGUGAUCCACUUCUACGCUCCAUGGGCAGACCAAUGUGGGCAGAUGAACGAGCUCUUGGAGGACCUCGCAAAAUCCCACAAGAAUGGGGAAGUGCAGUUCGCCAAGGUCGAGGCUGAAGAUCUCUCGGAGGUCUCCCUCAAGUACAAAAUCACAGCUGUCCCCACGGUUAUCCUCGUGAAGAAUCUCGCACAGAUUGACAGGGUGGACGGGGCAAAUCCGUCAGCACUGGUUGACAAAAUAAAAGCACACUUGCCGAAGGGCCCUCUUGUCUACGUCACCAAACCCGAGGUCAGUCUCGAGGAGAGGCUCAAGAAACUCAUCAACCAGGCUCCCUGCAUGCUCUUCAUGAAAGGCAACCCCCAGAACCCUUUUUGUGGCUUCUCCAGGACCAUUGUCGGCUUGUUGGAUUCACUCAAUGCUGACUAUCAAUCCUUCGACAUUCUUCAGGAUCAAACUGUCAGAGAAGGGCUGAAGAAAUUUAGCAAUUGGCCUACGUAUCCCCAGCUCUACGUCAACGGAGAACUCCUGGGGGGGUUGGAUCUUGUCAAGGAGGCGCUAGAAUCUGGAGAACUCGAAGGAAUGCUUCCAAAAAAAGGAGCUAAUUAAGAUUGAGACUAUGAAUUAAAUUAUUUAAUGUACGAUCAUCGCA